ACUGUUACUAUUACAUGAGGGUAUAAUUUCCAAUCUACUAUUUUAAAUUAUUUGCAUAAAUAAAGUUUUACUUUGGUGGAAAUGUUUCUGAAAGGAAGUCUUUUAUUUUGUGGGAGGAAAAGUUGACGGAGCAGCGGUCUGUGCGGAAGUUCUUUGAUCCUGCAAGGGCAGAGGCAAACGAGGCUGCCUCGCUUCAACUCGGCUCUCCGUCCGAACGGCCCAACACGUCCGGGGAGGAGAAAUCUCCGGUUCGCCGGGAACAUCUGCUCUCUGCCGCCGAUAGCAGCUGGAGGCCUCGGGUUCCCACGUCGGUGUCGGUUCGAGCGCCUCCAAAGUGUUCCAAGGUUCCGGGGGACUUUAACGGUUCAAGGCUUCGGCGACAGGGAGAGAGGUGGGGGUCGGUGCGGAACCGGAUGCUAGCAGAAGGGCGAUGGCGAGGCCAAGCCACAGCGACCACGUCCUCCAGCAGCUCAACAACCAGCGCGAGUGGGGCUUCCUCUGCGACUGCCUCAUCGCAAUCGGGGACAUCUACUUCAGGGCGCACAAGGCCGUCCUGGCGGCCUGCAGCUCCUACUUCAGGAUGAUGUUCAUCCGGGACCAGCAGGGGGCGGGCCGCCUGGACCUCAGCAACAUGCAGAUAAGCGCCGAGUGCUUCGACCUCAUCCUGCAACUCAUGUACCUGGGCCGCAUCGUCGUGGGGAGUUACGAGUUCGAGGAGCUUAAGGCCUCCAUGGUGUACCUGCAGAUGUACUACAUCCCGGAUUCACUGGAGGACCUCAGAGAUAUCCGCAGCUCCAACCUCACCCCGUCUUCUUCGUCUUCCUUAUCCUCCUCCUCCAGCUCCUCGACUGGACUCUGUGGCGGGAAGAUGAUGUUCGGAGUGCGUAUGUACGAGCAGCAGCGACCUGCUCCCCCAGAAGGAGAUCAACCGACAAAAGCAGUGAGCAGCGCAAGCGGCGGUGGACGUCCAUUCGCACCAGCAGCUGACAGCAGGCCGGGAGGGUCCGACGACGUGAGCACCACCCCUCUGCUGGUGGCUCUACCCGCUGCUGAUGCAAUGGCUGAGCAGCCAUGUGACCUGAGGAAAAGAUCGGGUGGGCGGAGCUCAGCUCUGAAGGAUCGGCCCCGGUUCGGCCGCACCUACACCUGCGAUGACUGUGGCUUUGUCUUCAGCUGCGAAAAGCUCUUAAUCGAGCAUAUCCUCACCUGCACCAACCGGAAGGCCUUCCACCCACCCAGGGGCAACAUGGAGGGCGACAAUGACUCCAGUAAAGCAGAAAGCUCCGCCUCAGAGAGCAUGGAGGAGCACCGGGGGGUCUGUAAAGGAGAGGACUUUUGGCCCGAAACCAAGACGGACUCAGACCUCUCUGUCCGAUUGAUGGCAUCCGGGACAGGCGGUGAACCAGGGUCCACCCAGAACAUCAAGACAGAACCAGAAGAAAGUGUGUUCCCCGAGAUCGAGAUGAUCCAAGUCGGGGAAACCAGAGAAUGUAAACUGCGAUCAGGUGCUACCACUUAUAAAGACUCACUUAGGGAGCACAUUGGAUCCGAUCAGGAGCCCGAGCCCGGAGUAUCUGGUUUGGAGAGCAGCAGCGAGCUUCUGGAGGGCCACCUGUCAAGCAGCAACGACGAGGGAAUCCUCACGAAGCGGCGAAAGGUCAAAGACGAGAAACAGGACGCUGACCGUGCUCCCUGUGAACUAUGCGGGACUCUGUUAACUGAGGAGGACAAGUCGGGCCACUACCUGUCCAACCACAUGGGCCACAUAUGCGCCUGCGGGCGGUGCGGCCAGGUCCUGAUCAAAGGCCGGCAGCUGCAGGAACACGCCGAGCGCUGUGGCGAAUCCCACGGCGGAGACUCUGACUCUCAUGGAGACGACGAUGUCUCCCUGUUAGGUGAACCUCAGGGGAUGGAAGAGGGACUCCUGGAAGUGACAGACUUGGCCUGCCCUCACUGCGGCCUCCUGUUCCAGAACGAAAACCUGGCCCUAGAACACGCCCUGUCUUGCCACGAACAGGACCUGUACCGCCCCGUGCCUUUGGAGGAGGGUGGCGAGCCCGACCACCGGCGGAAACACUUCUGCAGCAUCUGUGGGAAGGGCUUCUACCAGCGCUGCCACCUGCGGGAGCACUACACCGUCCACACCAAGGAAAAGCAGUUCACCUGCCAGACCUGCGGCAAGCAGUUCCUGCGAGAGCGCCAGCUCCGGCUGCACACCGACAUGCACAAAGGAAUGGCGCGCUACGUGUGUCCGCUCUGCGACCAGGGCACCUUCCUCAAGCACGACCACGUCCGGCACAUGAUCUCGCACCUGUCGGCCGGCGAGACCAUCUGCCAGGUGUGCUUCCAGAUCUUCCCAGGCGGGGAGCAGCUGGAGAAACACAUGGACGUCCACCUGUACAUCUGCGGCGUCUGCGGGGAGAAAUUCCGGCUCCGUAAAGACAUGAGGAGCCACUACAACUCCAAGCACACCAAGAGACUAUAGAGCAUCCAGACGGGCCCCGCCCAUUUCCUCGUUUGUUACUGAAAGCCAUAAAUGUGAGAACAAAUAUGCACUUGAACACCAAAAAGAAAAAAACUAAUCUGCACUUUGAAUUCCACGUAUACCCUGAACAGGUGUUCACACUACGAGCAGUGAGGCUAGUAAUCAUCUCCUGGAAGUAAGUGGGCGGAGCUUAUUUAAGUUCAAUAAAUCGGGGUGAAAACGUUUAAUUCUCCGAUAACCCUCACAGCUCAUUAAGGUCCACUGAUCUAAUGUUACAGUUUUAGCUCGCUGUGAUUGGUGCCUUUAUUCUCACACUUUGUCUGCAUAGCAGUGAUGCACAAUGCGGGGGAGGGACAGGUAAGCGCAGGUAACAUCCAGGAAGAAAACACUAGCUGGUUAGAAGAGACUCCUUCUCGUCAAUGUGCUGGACUCAGUAGCUCGCUUCAACUCUUCACUCUUUCUGUGAUGCCUUACGAGUCGCCGCACCUCAUCAGCUUUACGCAAAAAACCCAACGAAGGCAACUAUUGGAUCUGAUGGCGCUGGCAAACAACCAGGAACCGUACCAAGCUAACGUUUAUUUUAGGUCUUGUUACAAACAGGUUUAGCUCGAUCAGAAAUCCUAACUUGGCCUGGUCUGGGCAGAACAAAGACAAACUCACAAGGAUGCGCUACGUUCAGAACCGUACGAUCGACGCUAAAGCAGGCGUGAAAGACGCCGAUAAGUGAGGUGUGGUUCAUCCUCUGAACAGACGUGCUUCAGGAACAGCACCGUUCAUUCAGCAGCACUUGUAAAACUAUGAGUUAAUGUGAUGUGAGGAGUUUGCACUAUGCAUUUUAUUUUGAAAGUCUACUCUUUUUGUUGAUUUCCUGUCUGAUUGUUUACGAAGUUUCAGCUGUAAAACAGACGUGAGCUCUGUCUUUAGGACAGCGGCGCUGCCUUUGAAACACGACGCCUGGCGGUCUGGGGGGCGUCGCUCGUCCGCCAGGAUGUGUCUUAUUUGUACAGAGGUCACAACCCCAAUAGACCCCAAACACCUCUUUUCACUCAGGUGCUACAAAGAAAACUAGUUAUCCCAUCCAGAACUUUUCAGACCAGUCCUGCGGCAUUCUGGGUAAUAGUGCACCUGCAGGGUAACCUGGUUCAGUUCUGCUUUCAGAUUAAUUUAUAUUAAUUUGUAAACCAUUAAAGCUAGUUGUUAGUUAGGAGAUCAGAGCCAAGCUCUCAAUCCUCUGACAUCAGAGGCGAGGGGCGGGGCCACAAUGGCUGCCAUAUAGAAAUCUAGAUCCAUAUAAAACUGCUGGACAAUCAGCCGUUUAUCCAAAUGAACUCUUCUUUUAAUGUCUUAUUUUAUGUGUUCUGAACCAUCAAACUUUCACAUCAAACUUGAACUUCAGGUGUGGUUUAAACCAACAGAAGAACCUGGGGUCGUCCAUCUGCCAAAUGGUUUUAAAUUUAAAGGUUCGGGUGUAAAUGUGAGACUGGAGCAUCACAUGGUUGCAUUUCUGUUGUGUCUUCUGGCAGCUUUGGUUUAGCGUCUUGCUUUGGUUGAAUUCAUCGCUCUGCUGUGUGCAAACUCCUAAUAAACCAAAUGAUUUUCA